AUGUAUUACGACAAAGAAUAUUUGCCGAAUUUCAGCAUGAGUAUCUCUAGUGCGGAAUCGUGUCGUAAUUCUCACACUAGUAGUUCGAGAUCCAAGUUUGAUUUAGUUAUCGAUAAAUUAUCCAGAUUAGAAGAGAGAAUUAAUUCGCAAGAACGGCGUGGCCGUCGUCGCCGCCAUAAGCGACGUCACCGUAGGAGGCUUGAGUCCUCUGGAAGUUCGACUAGCCGAGAUCGUUCGCCGGUGAAGGCGCUUCAACAAGCUCCUGUCGAAGGUUCUUUAGUACCAGAAACUGUGUUUGUUGAGCCAGAGCCCUUUAUCCCAGUAAAUGUAUUAAAUUUAUUGGGCAGCGAAGAGACAUCCGUUAUUUUUGGACCUCCUGUUCAGCAGGAAAUUGUGUAUCGUUGGGCUCCUGUCUUGAAGAAUGGCCUGGUUACUGACACUCGUUCGGCUCUUAUGGAAAAAUAUCUUACACCGUCUAAUUUUACGGCAGUUAAAGCGCCUAAAAUUAAUCCUGAAGUCAGGAUAUCUGCGACAGAGGCUUGUCAGAAGAGAGACGAGAGAUUAUCUGCUUUACAAAACCAAAUUGGGUGCUGUAUUUCGGCUUUAAGCAGAGCUGUUUCUGAUUAUGCUAGUCGUCCUGAUUUGGAUCAGCAUCAUUCUUUAAUUGAAAUACUGAGCGACACUGGCAGAUUGUUAGCAGAUGUACAUCAUUCACAGUCGCAGUCUAGAAGAGCUCUUUUAGCUAUGGGUUUUAAUAAUACUGUUAAAAACACAGUCCAAGAGGCUCCGAUUGAUGAAUUUCUUUUUGGAGCUGAGCUAAAUACUCGUAUUUCUUCGGCAAAGUCAUUAGAAAAGUCUAGCGCUGAUUUAAAACCAGUGAAAACUGCAAAAUCUGUGUCAAAAAAUGUGAAGCGCCCGUCCAAAAACACGUACAAGGAUGCCCGUCAGGACGGAGCGCGCCAACAGGGGCUCCCACAUCGGUACCAGUCGAAUCGUUACCAUUCAAACCGCUCCCAGUUCCAACAAAAGAAGUCAGGGACAAUUUACAAAGGAAAAUACAAGCAACUCUCGUCACCAUCAAGAUUAAAUGUAAGCCAUCAUGCUGGACGUCUAAAAUUUUUCUUGCCUUACUGGCAAGAAAUUACUAGGGACCCUUUAGUGCUCUCUUGGAUUAGGGGAUAUGAAAUCCCUUUUGUGCGUACACCUGUGCAGGCGGUUGCGCCGAUUGAACCUGUGUCGCAACCUGCUUUAAACGUCGACAGUUUGAUCAUAGAGGGCGAAGGGCGUGAUAUAAUCUUAAGAUCAAACGAGCUUACCUAA